GUCUUGUGCGUACGUACCUUUCGUAUUUUCAGAGCUUUUGCUAGCUGUUUUUAUUGUACUUAUGAUUAGUACUCUACGUAUGUACGUUGUUUGCUAUUUUUCAUAUGUAUUCUUCUUAUCAUGUAAACAUGUCCAUUAUCCAUUUUUCUAUUUUAUUAGUUCGAACUAAUAAAAUAUAUAUAUUAUUUAUAUAUUCAGUCGUACGUGAUUAAUUAACUUCAGGUAAUUAUAUAAUUACGUAAAUUUCCAGAAAACAUGAGACGAACCAGAAUCUGUUGACGGACAGUUGAUGAGAUCUAACAACUAUUGCGAACUAAGUUUCAGCAUUUUCGUAAUAAUUAAGAAGAACUAAAAGUGCUAGUUAUUGAAAGAAAUGGAAGAUGAGGGAGAGGAAUUUGAAACCAGUAACGAACAAUCAAAUUAUGGGAGUACUUUAAAUGUAGUUUUGGACCCAACUUUCGGCAAUAUUGGUCAUGAAGAAGCAGCUGCUAAUUCUGGCAUUGGUGGAGAAGAAGAUGACAAUCCAAAUUAUGAAGAGAGUCAAUCAAGAAUAGUUGUUCCUGAGCAUGCUAUCCGAAUCCUGGAUAAUGAGAGACAAAAUCAUGUUAUCAUUAGCGGAUCAGGAUGGUCAACAUUGAAGGUUCCUGUACCUAUGUUCAAAGUCGACAAAGGAGCUUACGUCCCCAUGGUUGUCUCCAUUGGUCCAUUUCAUCAUAAUGAACCAAGUCUACAAGCCAUGCAAACUCAAAAACGGCAGUUUCUUGAUCGCCUAAUUCGAAACCGAACAGGGCAGCCUAUCCUUGAAAAAGGUCUUAAAAAUGCCAUGAGAGAAUUGGAGGAAAAGACUAGAGAUUUUUAUGCAUAUGACUUUCAGGCUAUAAAACCUGAUGAUUUUGUGCACAUGAUGCUCCUCGACGGUUGCUUCAUUGUAGAACUCCUGCGUUUAUACGAGAAAAAAUAUGUGGGGGAGCCCUUUUUCAAAACACGUUGGAUGCGGACAAAUAUCUCUCGUGAUUUGCUUUUGCUUGAGAACCAACUCCCUAUGUUUGUGCUGCAGAAGAUUUUUGAACUUACUACCUUGACGGGGGAGGAAACUCUGAAUAUGCUUGCUCUCAGGUUUUUUGAACCCUUGAGGAUUGGGAAGGACAAAUUUGAAACAUGGACGUUGAACAAGCACGCCAAUGGCGAGUAUAUACAUCUAUUAGCUUUGUUUCACUCUACCUUAAUUUCAGGGGAUAAUAUAUGUCCGCCGCAGCCUGCAAAGAGUGAAAAGAAAAAAUCACAUCUUAAGCUUCCUGGGAAAGGUUGGGUGCAUAAUGCCAAAACACUUGGUUAUGCUGGUAUUAAGUUCCAAAAAAAUUCUGGUAGCAUUCUCAACAUACAGCUUAAAGGCAAAACGUUAAAGAUUCCAACUAUUGUCAUCGAUGAUAGCACCAACCCUGUGUUGAGGAACUUGAUAGCCUAUGAACAGAACAACUGCGAUGUAGAUCCAUAUUUUUGCUGUAUGGCGUUGUUCUUGGAUAGCAUUGUGGAUACGGUCGAGGAUGUCAAGAUUCUUCGUGAUGUCGGGAUUAUUAAACAUGCAAUGGGUGGAGACCAGGAGGUGGCGAAUCUUUUCAAUAGACUCACUAAGGAGCUAGUGUUUGAUAUUGAUGAAGAGGAUUGCUACAUGACCAAGCAAAUCGGAAAGAUCAACCGUCUUUGUCGAGUGCACGAAAUCAAAGUUCGAAUUCGCCGUGUUCUUGCCAGGAUGAAUUUCACUGGAUUAAUCCACACAUGCUUUUCCAUCUUGAUCACAGUCUUAGUAAUCAUGAUGGAAGCACGGCCUAAUAAUUCAAAUGACAACUUCUCAAAUACUCAGGAAUCGCCUCCACCUUUGUCUUCACGAAAUGGUUGAUGUAGGUUUAUCCAGUGGAGCGAUGAUUGAGCCUUGUGUUUGCACAUCAUUUAGCUUAGUAUCGGCUUUUCAAUAAAACUGGGAGUCCUCAGAUUCUCAUGUAGCAGUGUUUGUUUUUUAAUUUCUUUUAUGCUCUGUUGUUGUUUCAUUGCGUAUGUGUGUACUAUGUGUAUUAUGUUUGAGUUUCAAAUCGAAUAAACCCAUCUUGGAAUUA